AUGUCGUCGCCAACUGCGCGGAGGACGCGUGCGUCGAAUCCAUCAUCGACCCAGUCAAGAUCUUCCCGGGAACCUCCUAGCAGUCCCACGAUGAGAGAGCAUACACCUCGUGCCGCCCGCACGCUGGCUGCCGAGCACAAUAUCCAAUCAUCCUCACCGGCAGCCUAUCAAUCAUCAUCUCCAGUGCGGCAUAGUAGUGCGGCAACGCCGGACAUUCGAAUGGGCGACAUGAGCUCACAGAUUGAUGAUGGGGAUCGAACCCCGCGAGCUAACCCAGGAGUAAGAGACUCUUCUCCGAUAAGCUAUAUUGCAAGCUCCAGUCCAGCUCGUGGCCUAGGAAGAUCUGAUAUUCGUUCCGACAUCCGGUCUGACGCACUCAGCACUAGCAGUGGACUGUUUGUUUCGCCGAGUGGUGGGCGUCGCGGAGCUCGGCGCAGCGAUCUGCACUCGAGUGGCUUGAAUUCCACCCCUGCUCGUCGCAAUCGCUUGUUCGUCGACGCCAAUGGCAUGCCCGCCGGCGAAAACGCUCCACGGUCCGAUGCGACGUUCUCGAAUAUCAACCCAGGCACCUCCGAGGCGGAGGCCAUGGCCGGAAACUCUACUCGUGUGAUCUGGGGUACCAAUGUCUCAAUUCAUGACUCCAUGUCGGCUUUCAAGAACUUCUUGUACAAUUUUGCGACCAAAUACCGUCUCUGGGCCGAGGGAGCGUCUGACAAUGAAGUCCGUAUCAUGGGUGAAGCGGCCGAGAAGAGAGAGUAUAUCACCAUGAUGAACGACAUGCGGCGCCUUGGCUUAACAACAUUCAACCUCGAUUGCAAGAAUCUGAAGGCCUACCCCCUUACGCAGAAGCUAUGGCAUCAGCUGCUUGCCUACCCGCAAGAAAUCGUGCCGUUGAUGGAUCAAGCAGUGAAGGACGUCAUGGUCGACCUGGCUUUAAAGGAGAUGGAUGUACUGCGCUCCGAAAUGCAACGGGGCGGUCAAUCUCGCGAUCGUCACGGCCAGUCUAUCCUCACUUCCGACGGCGUUGGACCAACUCCCGAUGUCCCUGAUCUUGUUCAGGAGGUUGAAAGUGUCAACUACAAGGUCCUUCCCUUUGGCUUGGACCAGACCAUCAACAUGAGAGACUUGGACCCGGCUGAUAUGGAUAAGCUUGUCAGCAUCAAAGGUCUCGUCAUUCGGGCUACUCCAAUUAUUCCUGACAUGAAAGAUGCGUUCUUCCGCUGCAGUGUCUGUAGCUAUGGAGUCACGGUGGAAAUCGACCGUGGCCGCAUUGCGGAGCCCACAGUCUGUCUUCGCGACUCGUGCAAGUCGAAGAAUUCCAUGCAGCUGAUUCAUAACCGCUGCAACUUCUCCGAUAAGCAGGUCAUCAAGCUGCAAGAGACCCCUGACAAUGUCCCCGACGGCCAAACACCACACUCGGUAUCCCUCUGUGUCUAUGAUGAACUGGUGGAUGUUUGCAAGGCUGGUGACCGCGUUGAGGUGACCGGUAUCUUCCGUUGCAACCCAAUGCGUAUCAGCGCCCGCCAGCGAUCACAAAAAUCUCUUUUCAAGACGUAUAUUGAUGUGCUACAUGUUCAGAAAGUGGAUCGGAAGAAGAUGGGCAUCGAUGUUUCCACGAUUGAGCAAGAGAUGUCCGAGCAGGCCGCCGAAGCGGAUCAGGCUCGCAAAAUUUCAGCCGAGGAGGAGGAAAAGAUUCGACGUACUGCGUCCCGUCCUGAUAUCUAUGAUUUGCUGUCUCGAUCGUUGGCUCCUAGUAUUUACGAGGCGGAUGACGUGAAGAAGGGAAUUCUUCUGCAAAUGUUUGGUGGCACAAACAAAACCUUCCAAAAGGGUGGCAACCCGCGAUACCGUGGGGAUAUCAAUAUUUUGCUCUGUGGUGACCCGUCGACUGCCAAGUCCCAACUCCUCCGCUACGUGCAUAAGAUUGCCCCCCGUGGUGUCUACACAAGUGGCAAGGGUUCCUCUGCCGUGGGUUUGACGGCGUACGUCACCCGGGACCCGGAAACUAAGCAGAUGGUGCUGGAAUCCGGCGCCCUGGUCUUGUCUGAUGGAGGCACUUGCUGCAUUGAUGAGUUCGACAAGAUGAAUGAAGCCACUCGGUCCGUUCUACACGAAGUGAUGGAACAGCAGACUGUUUCAAUCGCGAAGGCAGGCAUCAUCACGACUCUCAACGCCCGAACCUCAAUUUUGGCGUCUGCCAACCCCAUUGGAAGUCGCUACAAUCCAAAGCUGCCCGUUCCUCAAAAUAUCGAUCUACCUCCCACUCUUCUCUCCCGUUUCGACUUGGUCUACCUUGUGCUGGACAGAGUUGAUGAGAACGAGGAUCGUCGUCUGGCCAAGCACUUGGUAGGCAUGUAUUUGGAGGACGCCCCUGAAAAUGCCGCCUCGGAAGAGGUGUUGCCUAUCGAAUUCCUCACCGCAUAUAUUACCUAUGCGAAGACCCGUAUUCACCCAGUUAUCACGCCAGAAGCUGGCGCAGCCCUCUCAGACGCCUAUGUGGCCAUGCGUCAGCUUGGUGACGACAUUCGCGCCUCGGAGCGUCGCAUCACAGCCACCACUCGUCAAUUAGAGUCGAUGAUCCGUCUCUCUGAAGCGCAUGCGCGCAUGCGCCUCUCGCCCGAAGUGACUGCCUCCGAUGUCGAAGAGGCUGUUCGCCUGAUUCGCUCGGCGAUCAAGCAGGCUGCUACCGACUCACGCACUGGUCUGAUCGAUAUGGGACUGUUGACUGAAGGUACAAGUGCCAGUGAGCGACGACUGCGUGAGGACCUCAAGCGGGCUGUGCUGGCGCGGCUCGAUGACCGAGGGGGCGUGGCAGGGACGGCUGUCCGUUGGAGUGACCUCUUCCGCGACUUGAGCGAGUCCAGCGAUGUCGCGUUGGAUCAUCACCAGUUCUCGGACGCCGUACGCUCGCUCGAAGCCGAAGGCGCAGUUCAUGUCUCUGGAGAAGGCGCUCGUCGCAGUAUCCGCCGGUCUGCGACUGGUCUUGCGUGA